AACGUCUAAAACCUUCAAUCACCACGGUAUAUUGAUUUUUAUUUCUUUGUCAAAAGCGGUGCGGUUUGUCAAUGCAUGUCGCAUUGAGACCCGGUAUCGAUUUUGAUCUUGACUGCGGAUAUCGAUUAUUGGUCAGGAGAAAUCCCUAUGUCUCAUUAAGUGUUUCAUUCAAUUAAACGCAUGUUAUGCUUGAGUGACACGGUAUCAUUCACACAGAUAAUUGUAAUAACCAUGAGCAGUAGAUAUCACCCAUGUUAAGACAAAACAGAAUAUUAUGUACAUCGGAGAAGUGCUCGAGUGAUAUUACAUAUCAAUUCCAUAUCGCUAUCUCGAUCGACUUCGUACUUUAGAUAAAACAUGCUAUUACACAUCGACAUCGAGAGCUCGUGGAUUAUUUGCAUUGUUGAAUAUGUCACUUCAAUUUGUAUCAGUUAAAAAUGCUUAAAAACCAAGUGAGCUUGUAUUCUUAUGUGGAUCCUGUUUCGUCGUAUUCGAUUUCACCUUCCUAUGGAUCAACAUAAGACGCGGAACGAAAAGGAAAGAACAAGGUUCUGAUAAAAUGCAAGGGCGAUUUGGUUAUGUGCUCUCUGAACCUGCCGUCAUAUUGGGGAAGGGUCGGCACUGCGUCGUCAAACUCGCAUCAUCAACGCGUUACCAAACCCCGCGAAAAGUCGCCAUCAAAAUCAACUCGCCGUCGCCUUCAUCAGCUCGAGAGGCCGAGAUCCUAUUCCUAUUAAACCACGAGAAUGUCGUGGAGAUCUUGGACUACUUCGUGUUCCAGGACCAUUCCUACAUCGUGCUUGCCCUAGCUGAAAACGGGGACCUUCGGACAUUCGUCAGACACCGGGGACGCCUCGGUGGGGAUUUGGCGCAAAAGAUGUGCCAGCAGAUUUUCGAAGGCGUGGCCUACCUGCACAACACUGCUUCUGUCGCGCACUGUGAUUUGAAAUGCGAGAAUGUGCUCGUCGAUGCGCGGGAAGAUGUGAAGAUCGCCGAUUUUGGACUUGCUGUAGAGAUUGGUCCUGAUGGCGCAUCGAAACCUGGCAGAACACCAUGUUCAACUCACUAUUGCAAUAACCACAAUAUAGUUUCAGACUCAUCUUCGAGCAGUACGAACUGCUUAUCAUGUACGCCUCAAGGAAUCGCGUCGUUAGGCGGAUCUCCCGCCUAUGCGGCCCCAGAGGUCUUGGACACCCGAGUGACAGACCUACGCGCAGCUGACGUGUGGUCCGCCGGGGUCAUCACAUUCUUAAUCUUCACCACCUACCUACCAUUCGGGUGCUAUGGAAACAAGAACAUCCGGGAAGCCAUGGACAGAACCCUUCGCUGGCCACGCCCCCUUAAAUUAGUCAAGCAAUGCAGUCGAAAUUUCGUGCAAUCAGUUUUGAUGUUGGAGCCAAAUAAGAGACCAACCGCCCGAGUUCUGCUUGAAAGACUUCAAGGAAUGCAACCUUUAACAUCUUAACAACUCACUCGAGAAACAACAAAUUCCUCACGUUCUCUGGUAACAUGAAUGUCGCCAAUGUAGGAUGUUCUGUAAUGUGAAAUAUCAAUAUUUUCUCAAUAUUUUGGUGUGGUUUAUUUGCGCUGGCCCGAUGGCCAUAUCCUAAACGGAGUUUGCUGGCGGCCAUUCUGGGUUUAUUUCAAAUUCGGUGAUGAAAACUCAUUGGUAUUGGUGGUAGAUCGAUUUAUACCACACAAGACGCACUGACAUUCUGCGAGUGCUGUUGGGAAUAAUGAUAUGUAUGAUGUAACUGGUUCCAUGACAUUUGCUCCGGCGACAAUUGUUCCGAUGGAGAAUCUGCACGUUAAGCCAAACAUGAAAUCUAACCAAACAGAACUAAGUAAACCCUAAUCCUUAUUAUUUACAUUGUUCUGAACUUAAAACUCUGUUACAAUCCUAACUCUAACCAUAUGCCCUCUGCGAAUUUACGGCCAGUGCAAAUGUCGUGUCACCGGUUAGGUUAAGUUAUCCAUUUUGAUUAAUAUUAUCUUAGUAAACCCGCCAACAACAAACUCGAAAUCAUCACUGGACUAUAUAGGGCAAAGUCACGCUGGCCUACCUGUCAAUUCUGUAAAACAUAGAUUUAUCUGGCAGAAUGAAUACGUCCAUCACCGUCAACGACAACCAAGAAGUUUUCAAGAAUGGGGUUACAAUGAACGGCAAAUUAAGUAACGCAGAUCCCCAUUUAUAAGACGUACGAAAUAAUAUACAGAUGACCAUGGUGUCUGUGAACUUUGAUGGCGACGUGAGAUGCCGACAGUUUCAUUUGGAAAUAGAAAAGUGAUUUUCGUAGAAAAUAGAUAAUUGGAAAUAUUUCAGUUUUUAAAACUUUAUCACAAAACGUAAAUAUUAUUAUUGACAAAAUAAAUACAAACGCCUCAUUCUCUCCUGGCGAAAUAUUGUAUGAAAAAUUCAAAAUGUGAAGAAAAAAAAAUCAGAAUUUGACAGUAUCUAAAUUAGCAUCUUUAACAAUUUCAACAAAAUAAUGUCCGACAUAUAGGGAAGAUUUUGUUUUGGUAUCCAAUCAGCAAGGGAAAUGAAAUGAAGCAUAUGCUCAACAAAUUUUGUCCUUACGGCAUCAACCAUGGCCUCAAAGGGGAAAGAGUCGUACCCUGUAUAUGUAUGGUACUAUACCAAUUUCCUAGUAGCUAUGAUUGAAAUGUUCCGAUGCUGAACGAAAAUGAGGACAGUGAUAAUAAGAGGGUUAGAAUUUGAAGUAACAUCCAGGACGUCAUAACAUCAUUCAAACCUCCAAAGGGCCAAUGGGACACUCUCUUGAUAUUUUCACACUCUUCGAAUAUGUGGUAUGAUCAUUUAUCCUAUGCCAGUGUAAGUUAAUAUACACUAAGUUGGCAAAUUUUAGUUCUAUGAUUGGACGAAUGAUGGUUGGUAGAAUACAUUCUACAUGAAAGUGCCUUUCAAACAGAGGGUCGUGGGUUCGAAUCCUAGCCGUGGCGUGUUUUCCUUCAGCAAGAAAUUCAUCCACAAUGUGCUGCACUCAACCCAGGUGAGGUAAAUGGGUACCGGCAGGAAAUAAUUCCUCAAAAAGCUUUGGCACCUGAAUCGGUAGCCUAGCUUAGCCGGGUAAUAAGUUUUCGGAACUGAAGUGGCUACCCUGGGUAAAUAUGCCGUUAAUAUUAUUAUCAUUAUUGUUCAAAUUAUAAUCAUUCAUAACUCCUCCCUGUUAAUUCUCAACAGGCCCAACCGAACGUACAUGUGCAUUAUUAAAAACUCUAUAUUUCUGAUUGUUGGCCGAAAAUGUGUUUUAAAAAGCUUAAUUGAAAUAUGAAAAUUAAUUAACAAUAAACAGAAUGAGUCCAAUAAAA